AUGAAAAAACGAGAAGACCAGGUUCGAAACGAUGCCGGUGGUUUCGUGUUUGCGGUAAGCGAUGAAACACGCGUCCGACGAUUUAUCAUUCUUGGUACUGCGGGCGGAACUUACUAUGCAACUGAAAAGGAACUAACUAUGGAUAAUGUGAAAGCAUUGAUAGAUAUCAUUGAGCGAGGUCAUGGAAGUCUCAUCCUCAAGGAGAUAUACGAAAUCUCGUUGGCUGGACGAAACCCUAAGCAAGAUCCUCUAUUGAUGGCGCUUGCGUUGUGUGCCAGAUAUCAUGUCUGCGACACGACCACUAAGGUCAAAGAAGCUGGGGACGGUCCAAACAAGGAACUUAUUGUGGCGAAGAAUCAAUAUCUCAGUCAGCUGCAUAAAUCUGCUUUUGGUAUUGUCAAUGAAGUUUGCCGAAUCCCCACACAUCUUUUCACAUUCGUCAAGUAUUGUGAAUUGGUCUCUCAGUCAACACAGCCCGAAGAAGGGAAGAAAUCUACUGGAUGGGGUAGACUCAUGAGAACUACCAUCCAAAACUGGUAUGCUAGCAAAACUCCUGAGCUUCUUGCUAUGCACCUUACCAAGUAUCCUCAAAGAGGUGGUUGGUCUCAUCGUGAUCUCUUCCGUUUGGCUCACCCAACUCUAAAGGAGAAGAAGAAUGAGAACUCUAUCUUGGAAUACGAACAACUAUAUCACUUUGCUGUCAAA